AUGUCAAGCACGCUGGCAGAUUUAGAGCACCCCAAAGGCUCACUUUCCAGGAAGGAACAGAUCCAGCACUCACUGACUGCCUAUUGCCCUGAUGCAUGGAAUGCUUCCCCGGCAAGGACGUCUCCAGUCCGGGCAUCCCCGGUCCGGGCAUCCCCUUGCAGGUCAUCGUCUGCCAGGUCAGCCUCCACAAUGUCUUCUUCGACAAGAGUGUACCUUGUCAGAGCAACACCAGUGGGGGCCGUACCCAUCCGGGCAUCUCCUGCAAGGUCAGCGCCAGCCACCAGGGCCACCGGGGAGAGCCCAGGUACCAGCUUGCCCAAGUUCACCUGGCAGGAGGGCCGGAAGCGGCUGCCGCUCGUUGGAUGUGUACUCCUCCUCAUUGGCCUCGUGGUGUCGCUCAUCAUUCUCCUCUAUUUCUGGCGGGGCCACACAGGGAUCAAAUACAAGGAGCCAGUGGAGAGCUGCCCCCCUCAUGCUGUGCGUUGUGAUGGGACCGUGGACUGUAAGCUGAGGAGUGAUGAGCUGGGCUGCGUGAGGUUUGACUGGGACAAGUCUCUGCUUAAAGUCUACUCCGGAUCCUCCCGUCAGUGGCUUCCCAUCUGCAGUGACAGCUGGAAUGACUCCUACUCAGAGAAGACCUGUCAGCAGCUGGGUUUUGUGAGCUCUUACCGGACGACCAAGGUGGCCCGUAGGGAUUUUGCCAGCAGCUUCUCAAUCUCCAAAUAUAACUCCACCCUCCAGGAAAGCCUCUACAGGUCUGAAUGCCCUUCCCAGCGGUAUAUCUCUCUCCAGUGUUCCCACUGUGGACUGAGGGCCAUGACGGGGCGGAUCGUGGGAGGAGUGCUGGCCCCGGAGAGCAAGUGGCCUUGGCAAGUCAGCCUGCACUACGGCACCACUCACAUUUGCGGGGGCACGCUGAUUGACGCCCAGUGGGUGCUCACCGCCGCCCACUGCUUCUUUGUGACCCGGGAGAAGAUUCUGGAGGGCUGGAAGGUCUACGCAGGCACCAGCAACCUGCUCCAGCUGCCUGAGGCAGCCUCCAUCUCCCAGAUCAUCAUCAAUGGCAACUACACGGACGAGGAGGACGACUAUGACAUCGCUCUCAUGCGGCUCUCCAAGCCCUUGACCCUGUCUGCUCACAUCCACCCUGCCUGCCUCCCUAUGCACGGACAGACCUUCAGCCUCAAUGAGACCUGCUGGAUCACAGGUUUUGGCAAGACCAAGGAGACCGAUGAGAAGACAUCCCCCUUCCUCCGGGAGGUACAGGUCAACCUCAUCGACUUUAAGAAAUGCAAUGACUUCUUGGUCUACGACAGUUACCUUACCCCAAGGAUGAUGUGUGCCGGGGACCUUCGGGGAGGCAGAGACUCCUGCCAGGGAGACAGCGGGGGGCCCCUGGUCUGUGAGCAGAACAGCCGCUGGUACCUGGCAGGAGUCACCAGCUGGGGCACGGGCUGUGGCCAGAGAAACAAGCCCGGUGUGUACACCAAAGUGACCGAAGUCCUCCCCUGGAUUUACAGCAAGAUGGAGGUGAGAGCCUGCACGGGCCACUGCACGGGGCAGACUGGUCAGUCGGUCUGCAGCUCUGUGCCCCGGGUGCUGACAUGCUGGAAGACUGUUUUUGCUGCAGUGCCUCGGGAUGAGUGGCUUCCCAUUGUCCUGAGGAUAAAAGCUGGAUUCACCCAGGAACUACCAGGCCUGCCUGGUCUAGCAUCUGUUUCCUACCCCAGCCUGUCGCCCCUGCUCGAGGGCCACAGUGGCUCCUUCCAUGCCAUGCCCCUGAGGGAAACCAAAAAGCAGCGGCUGGUGGCAAAUCCCGGGCGGCAAAUCCCGGGCGCGGGCCCGCCCCCUCGGCGGCAGUCUCCUGUUGCUUCUGGAGCCGGGCCGCCCUUGGAGACGCGGCCCCCCUCACCCUCCCAGGAGCGCGGAGCAGAGGGGCUGCGCGUGCGACGCCAGCCGGUGACACGGCGGCGGCCGGUCCCCGAGCCCGGCCCGGCCGAGCCCCGCCCCCCUCUCCCACCCCCGCGGGCCGCGCGGCUGCCGCCGGCCCGCCCCAGCCCUGCGCAGGAGGGGAGGCGGGAAACACGCGAGAGCCUCGCCCACCGCCCUGCCCCCAGCCCCGCCGCUCCCAGGCUCCUCGGACUCCGUGCGUCCUCCGGGGAUUGUCUGCGAGGGGCCCGCGCUGUGCAGGUAGGCGGCGGCGCGGGAGGCAAAGUUGGGCUCUUCUUCCGAGGAGGGCGCGAGGCCGGGCGCCGGGAGCUGCCGGGUGUUGUUUGUUUCGGUGGGUGUGAGCGGCCCUCGCGGGCCCCGGGCGGCCCGGGCGGCGGAAACGCGCCGGGGGCUGUGAACGCGGAGGCGGGCGUCGGAAGGGGAGCGCGGCGGCCUUGGGGAGGCCCGCCGUGGCGGGUGGCGGUGAGGGCGAAGCUGGUGGCCGGCAGCGCGCUGGCCGCUGCCUGGAGCUCGGAGCUACCGUGUUUUGAGAAGGGGAAGGGGCAGCUCCCACCCUGUCUCCAGCGGGAGUUUCCCCUUUGUUACUGGGAGGCUGUGGACACUUGA